UGCACCAGAGGCGUCGGAGGGAGCAGGCGCACAGGUGGCGCAGAGGUGGCGCACAGGGAGACGCACAGGGAGACGCACAGGGAGACGCACAGGGAGACGCAAGGCCUCCUCUCGACUUUCACACAGCCGCGUUGGCUGCCGUUUCCUGGUCACAAUGAGUUACUUCGGGUCCCAGCAGGGCCUGAACACGAACCGCAGGUCCGGCUCCAAAUCGGACUUGGCUGGCGGGGGGACCUACCAUUACGCGCGCAGUGACAUUGCGCACGGAAGCGGUAAUGGAUACGACCCCUACUACCCAGACGGAUACAGAACCUACAGCUAUUCCAAAGUGUCCACAGGUGGAAUGGGAGGCGGCAUGAUGAGCGGCAUGAUGAGCGGAACGGGAGGCGGCAUGAUGAGCGGCAUGAUGAGCGGAACGGGAGGCGGCAUGAUGAGCGGCAUGAUGAGCGGAACGGGAGGCGGCAUGAUGAGCGGAACGAUGAGCGGAACAAGAGGCGGAAUAUUGGUCGAAACGGGAGGCGGAAUGGCUCCCAACAUCACUACCAUCCACAAGAAGGCCAUGGCCGUGCAGAACAAGUGUGUGGAGUAUCUGACGGAGGCCGAAUACGCGCUCCAGUCUGACAACGCCUCAGGCGACGCCGAGCGCUACAUGGCGCUGGCCAAAGACGGCAUCCUGCAGCUGAAGGGCUGCGCCUCGGAGCUCAAACAGCUGGGGCAGCCCAACGACAACAUCGCCAUGACACUGGAGAGGUGCAAGGACCACUACAACGCGGUCAACAUGGCCAUCAAAGGCACCCUGCGGAGGAGGAGGAGCACCAGAGGCAGCUCUGGAGUCUGGGAGGAACCUGGAAGGACCUUCGACGAUGCCAUAGCCUGGAUCUCACAGCAGAAGGGUCUGAUUCAAACUGCACCCUGGGGAGACGACCCCGCCUCCAUCGGGCAGCAGCUCGUGGCCCACCAGAAGUACCACAGCUCCAUCCAGAGGAGCCCAGAGGUGGACCGCGCCAAAGACGAGCUGCUCAAGAAAGGAGACAAAGCCAAUCUCCGUACUCUGGAGCAGGAGUUUGACAACCUGCAGCGUAUGUCGCUCGAUCGAACCCAGCAGCUCAAAGACCUCGAGCAGAUCCUCCAGGACAUAUGCACAGAGAUCAUGUGGGUGAACGACAAGGAGGAGGAGGAACUGGUGUUUGACUGGGGAGACAAGGACGUGGCCCAGUACAUCCCCAAGAAGCAGGAGAGCUACUCGAAACUGAUGAGCGCGCUGGAGGUCAAGGAGAAGGACCUGACUAAGCUGAAGGUUAAAGUGGACGCGCUGCUUAAGAACAACCACCCAGCCGCGGACAAGAUCGAGGCUUAUCAAGACACGCUGCAGACGCAGUGGAGCUGGCUCCUGCAGAUCACUAAGUGCAUUCAUGUUCACCUGAAGGAAAACGCAGCCUAUGGCCAGUUCUUCAAAGAGGCCACCGAGACGUACAAUACCCUGCAGAAGGAACACGAGACGGUUCGUAAGACGUUCACCUGCGACAAGAACACGUCUCUGGAGGACCUGCAGGAGCUUCUCAGAGGACUGGAGAGGGAAAAAGAGAAGAUUCGAGAAAACAAGAGUCAGGUUCAACAUCUGGUCAACAAGUCGAAGAGCAUCGUGAGACUGAAACCCAGGAACCCUGAGGAGAAGAGCAGCUCCCCCGUCAUCGUCAAGGCUCUGUGUGAGUUCAAACAAGACCAGAGGGUAAUCUGUAAGGACGACGAAGCCAUCCUGAAGGACAACAGUCAGCGCAGCAGGUGGCAGGUGACCGGCCCGGGAGGCCUGGACAUGUUGGUGCCGUCCGUUUGUCUUAUUGUUCCACCUCCUAAUCCACUCAGCAUCUCCGUGGCUGCCAAGAAUGAGCAGUACUACGAGGCCAUCCUGUCUAUCUGGAAUCAGCUGUACGUCAAUGUGAAGAGCCUCAUCUCCUGGCAGUACUGUCUCCUAGAUAUCAAACACAUCAACUCCCUCACCAUGUCCAUGCUGGCCCAGAUGCGUCCUGAGGAGUACCGGCAGAUCAUCAAGAACAUGGAGACUCACUACGAGGAGUUCAAGCUGGCUAGCCACGGCUCCCAGAUGUUUGCAGAUGAGGACAAGAGGAGCAUAGAGAACCAGUUUAAUGGAGCCCAGGCCCACUAUGACCAGCUGGUGGUGCAGCUGCCCACUUAUGUUGCACAACAAGAACAAUUGGAAAUCCAACAAGAACCCAUUCAGCCACCGCAGCUUUUCAUAUUACAACAGCAACCAGUCCAACAAGUGCUCCAGCAAACACUCCAGCAAACUGCUGUGGAAGUGGACGGCAAACGAGUGGAGGACGAGAGGCGACGAACAGAGGUGAAAAAGGUGUCUGAAAAGAAGACAGAGGUCAAGAAAGAUGUGAGCAAGGAGCACGUGAUCAAGAAGGAAGUCGUGAAACUGACCAAGUCGGAGUCCACGAAGAAGAGGAAGUCCAGCUCCUCGUCCUCUGCCUUCCGCAGCCUAUCGGAGCUGCACACGCUCAGGCUGAAGCUGGAGGCAGCUGAGGGCUCGCUGAGUCAGCAUGUUCACAUCUGCCUCGGAGAUGAUGGGGUGCACGACUGCGCCCUCAGGAUCGCUCAGCUAGAGGUGGUGCAGCGCGACAUCGCCUUCGUUCGUGAGGAGUACCUGCGUCUCAGGGAACACGUUCCGAAGGAGCUGGAGGGGACGGAUGAUCCAGAUAAAGCUCAGUUCCUCAGCAGCGAGCUCCGAGUCAUCGACCAAAAACUGGAAAGUCUGGAGAGCAGCUCAUCGGCUUAUCUACAGCGGCUGCAGGCUGUCAAGGACAUGCUGGAGAGUGUGGCACACGUUGAGGACAUAGUCAAAGUGUAUGAAGCAAGACUGACAGAGAAAGAGACCACGUCACUGUCACCGAGCGAAGUACAAGACUAUAUGUCAACACUUCAGAAUAUCAAAGCAGAGCUGGAUCAGAAGAGGGACGCUCUGGCCAGCAUGGAGGCACACCUGGCCGAGGCCAGCCACUGGAACAGCCAGGUGGGCGGAGCUUUCCACAGGUGUGACGUGAUGCUGUCCAAGUACACGGAGCAGGUGGGGCUGCUGUCCGAUCGCUGGAUGCGAAUCCAGGCACAGAUUAACACCAGACUCCAGGAUCUUGAGUUGUACCUGCCCCAGCUGCAGCAGUACAAGCAAACCAGCACCUCGCUCAUUGGCUGGAUUGAUGGGACACGGAAAAAACAAGAUGCCCUACAGGCCACCAAGACCGAGAACGUCCAAGCAGUCAAAGACCUCAUUAACAGCCAGAAGGCGCUGAACACAGAAAUCAAGGCUAAGAGGGAGACGGUGGAGAGUGUGCUGAAGGACAAUGACGUCUGCAUGCAUUCUGUCAAGGAUUAUGAAACAGAUCUUGCUACUUAUACAUCUGGAUUAGAGACUUUGCUCAACAUCCCUAUCAAGAGGACGAUGCUGAGUUCCCCAACAAUGGAUCUUAAUCAGGAGGCUGCACAGCUACAGACGCGUUACAUGGAGCUGCUUACUCUGUCUGGUGACUAUUACAAAUACCUGGGAGAACUGCUCAAAAACAUGGAGGAGCUCAAGAUUCGUAACACCAGGAUUGACUUGUUGGAGGAGGAGCUUCGCCUGCUGAGGGAAAACAUUGAAGACCGAAAUUCCAAAAACAAAUCGUUGGAAGAUGCUGUAGCUCGCUACCAGCUGGAGCUGUCCCAUUCCCAGAACCAGCUGCUGUCGAUGGAAGAGGUGAAGCGAAACACGGCGCUGCAGUGCAGUGCCACCAAGGAGAGUCUAGACUCCACCCAGAACCAGCUGGGAGACCUCAACGAUCAGGUGACACGACUGAACUACAUGCUUGAGGAAGAAAAGAGGAAGAGGAGGCUGGCAGAGGAGCGCUACACCCAACAGCAGCAAGAGUACGAGGGAGUGCUGAGGAAGAGGCAGACGGAGCUGGAGACAGUCAGCUGGUCCAAGGUGGAGAUAGAGAAGAGUGUGGUCAGUAAGGAUCACGAGAUUGAACAGCUGCGGCGGCAGCUGUCUGAUGAAGGAGCGAGGGUGAAGGAGCUACAGAAGGAGAUAUCAAAGGUAAGGAGCCAAUGCAAUGAGGAGCUCAGUAACAUAAAGCUGAGCUACGAAUCACAGAUCCACAUCAGUCGCACAGACAUCCAGAGGCUGGCGGCCCAGAGGGAGGACGACACAGCUGAGCUCCAACUGCAGUAUGAGAGGAUGGAGGCAGAGAGGAAAAAUCUGGAGGAGGAGCUCAGGACGCUCAGGAUGUCUGUAUGCCAAGCUGAGCAACAAAUAAGAAGGGCAGAAGAAGAAAGUCACAGUCAGCGUGCUGUCAUCGCAGAGGAAGGGCGCAGAAGGAGAGAACUGGAAAUCCAGGUGGAGGUAGUGAUGAAACAGAGAGACCAGGAAAAUGCCAAAUACAGGGAGAACCUGGCUGAGGCCAUGGAGCUCCUGCAGGAGAAGGGCGAGCAGUUGGCGUAUGUGACACACAGCCUAGAGGAGGAGACCAGAAGAAGAAAAACCACAGAGGAAGGGCAGGCGGUGCUUCAACAAACACUAGCUCAGCUGCAGGUGAAGCUAACUAGUUCAGCCGUGGGUGCAACCCAGCUGAGGGAGUGUGAGGAGGAGCUUCAGCAGAUACGUGUGGAGCUGGAGAGAGAGAGCAGGGAGCGAGGCAGAGUAGACCAAAACAUGAACCGGCUACAGGGACGCAUCAGGGACCUGCAGACUGUAAGAGAUGGGCUGGAGAUCCAGGUGGAGAGUCUGAGAAAAGCCAACCAAGAGGAAGUAGCGAGAAGAAGGCAGGUAGAAACAGAGCUAGAAAGGACCACUGUGACCAUGACGGAGUACACCAGCACCAUCAGUGCCCUGCGCCGCAGCCAAGAACAAGCCAGCGCGUCGGAACAGAGAUGUGAGGAGGAGCAGCUUCGCUUGCAGGAGGAGCUGGAGAAAAGCUUGGCACAAAACCAGGCCUCUGCAGAGCAAGCGGCACAGCUGAGCGUCGAACUGAAGGCCCUGCAGCAACACUUACUCCAGGAGCAGAGCCGUAUCAAAGAGGCGAACCUCAGGAACGAGGGUCUUUCCAAAGCUUUAGAAGAGAAGAGUAAAGCACUGAAUGAGAACUCGUUUGAGCUUAAAAGGCUGAAGGAGAUGACAGAAACCCAGACAAAAGAGAGGCUGAGGCUCGAAGAAGAACUAAGGGCCGUGCGUUUUGAGAAAGAUCAAGCACUGAGAAGUAAAAAGGGAAGCGAUGAUGAGCUCUCCUCCCAGAUUACUGCCCUGGAGCUGCAGCUGAAAACCAGCGAGCGCCGCAAUAUAGACUACAGCAACUUGGUUUCAGAACUCUCUUUAGAGCGGGAGAAGCUCAAGGAGGAAACUGAGAGAAUACAAAACCAGGCCAUCGAGACAACAGCCAUGAUGAAAUCCAUUCAGUCUCAGUACACCGAUAUAAUAAAGGAAAGAGAUGCUUUGUUGCUGAAAUUGCAGUUGACAGAAAAAGAGAGAGAUCGCCUGCAAGCACUGGAGGAGGAAAUCAAUCGCAUUAAACUCUCCCUAGAUUCUGAACUUCGUAAUAGGCAACGGCUACAGGACGAGAAUGAGAGGGUGAAGAGGGAUCUGAGUUACUGGAAAGACCAAAAUGAUAGUAAGCAGAGUCUGAUAAGACAAUAUGACAUUGACAAGGAACGUAUGGACAGGGAAAAGAACUCCUUGAGAAGUGAGAUAGAGAGACUGAUGAGAGAACUCAGGGAGCUUGAUGGUACAUAUAAAAGCAGGCUGUCAGCUAUACAAAAGGAAAUGAUAGAGGUGACCACUGUUAGACAAACCACAGAACCACAGCUGAUGAGAGGCAGAGAGCCCCCAACCUUGGAUGACUCUGGUCUGAUUUUUGAUGGGGUUCGUAAGCAAGUCACUGCCGAUCAGCUGCUUGAGUGUGGUGUAUUGGAGAAGCCAACAUUUAACCAGCUUGUGAAAGGACAAAAAACUGUCCCUGAAGUAUCUGUUGACAAAAAAGUAAGUCUGAAAGGGACAGGCCCGAUAGCGGGGGUGGUAUUUGAAAGUCCAAAAGGUCCUGGGUCUUUUGCUAGCCCCCUCUGCAAACUGACCUUUACUGAGGCAAAGAGAGAGAAUCUUCUUCCACCUGAUAGCAUUGAUCUCCUACUGGAUGCUCAGGCUGCCACAGGCCACAUUAUUGAUCCCAGAACUAAUCAGAAGUUGACAGUGGAAGAAGCAUGUAAUCAGGGUGUUGUUGAUGAAGAGGACCAGGAGAGGUUGCUAGCAGCUGAGGCUGCAGCUGUUGGAUAUGGUAGUCCUGGCGCCAACAAACCUAUUUCAGUAUUUCAGGCCAUGAAAAAGGGACUAAUUGAUAGGAACACGACACUACGUCUGCUACAGGCUCAAGAAUCUGUUGGCGGAAUUCUAGAUCCUAUACUCAGUGUGUUCCUUCCCAAAGACACAGCUAUUGAGCGCAAUCUACUGGAUGAUGAUAUAUGUCGGGCUUUGAAUCAGAGACCUGAGCUCUACCUGGACCCAGAUAGUGAAGUGGGUGUAACCUAUAUGGCUAUGAAGAGGAGAUGUAAGGUAGAGCCACACACAGGGCUUCUGCUUCUUCCUGUCCCUGAGAAGGUAGAUCCCUCAAAACUUAUCUUUGAUGGUGUUCGCAAACCUGUCACAGCAAAGAAGCUGCUUGACUGUGGUGUCCUGGACAGGCCAACAUUUAAAGAUCUAGAGAAAGGAAAGAAAACUGUCCCAGAGGUGUCCACAGACAAACGAAUCAACCUAAAGGGCACUGGACCCAUAGCUGGGGUUAUCGUGGGAGAUCAAGGAAAAAUGUCUUUGUCAGAAGCUAAGAAAAAAAUGCUUCUGCCUAAUGAUAGUGCAGAUUUGCUGCUAGAAGCUCAGGCAGCUACAGGUCACAUAAUUGACCCUAGGAACAAUCAGAAACUUACAGUGGAGGAAGCAUGCACAAAAGGGAUAGCGGAUAUUAGGGAUCAAGACAAAUUAUUGGCUGCAGAGGCUGCUGCUGUAGGCUACAAGGAUCCAAGUACAGCCAAGCCUCUUUCAGUGUUUGAGGCCAUGAGGCGGGGUCUAAUUGACAGAAAGACUGGGCUACGCGUGCUGCAGGCUCAGGAGUCUGUAGGAGGAAUUCUUGAUCCCAAUCUCAGUGUGUUCCUGCCUAAAGACACAGCGAUCAAGCACAGUCUUUUAGAUGAAAACCUCAGUGAAGCCCUAAACCAGAAUCCCACCUGUUACAUUGACCCUGAAACGGAGCGUGAAAUCAGUUAUGGAGCUUUGAAGAGAAGAUGUAAAAUAGAGCCACAUACAGGACUGCUCCUUUUGCCAAUCACUGGGAAACAAGACCCAUCCAAACUGACCUUUGAUGGUGUACGUAAGCCAGUGACAGCACAGGACUUGCUUGAUUGUGGUGUGUUGGACCGACCAACAUUUAAUCAACUAAUCAAAGGAGAAAAAACUGUUCCAGAGGUGUCAGUGGACAAAAAAGUCCCUCUCAAAGGGACAGGAUCAAUUGCUGGUGUGGCAGCUGGACCAUUGGGGAAAAUGUCUUUGUCCCAGGCCAAAAAAGAGAUGCUCAUACCUCCAGAUAGUGCAGAUUUGUUGCUGGAUGCCCAGGCUGCUACAGGCCACAUCAUUGACCCCAUUAAUAAUAAGAAGCUAACAGUAGAGGAAGCAUGUGCCAGUGGAGUAGUGGACAUUAGUGAUAAAGAAAGAUUGCUGGCAGCAGAGGCUGCUGCUGUUGGCUUUCGGGAUCCAAGUACAACUAAGCCACUUUCAGUGUCUGAGGCAGUGAAGAAGGGACUUAUUGACAGGAAGUCUGGUCUACGACUGCUGCAGGCCCAAGAGUCUGCAGGAGGAAUUCUAGAUCCUAACCUUAGUGUGUUCCUUCCCAAAGACACCGCUAUUAAGCGCAAACUACUGGAUGAUGAUCUAUGUCGGGCCUUGAAUCAGAGGCCUGAACUCUAUCUGGACCCAGAAAGUGAGGAGGGUGUAACCUAUAUGUCAAUAAAGAACAAAUGUAAGGUAGAGCCACACACAGGGCUUCUGCUUCUUCCUGUCCCUGAGAAGGUAGAUCCCUCAAAACUUAUCUUUGAUGGUGUUCGCAAACCUGUCACAGCAAAGAAGCUGCUUGACUGUGGUGUCCUGGACAGGCCAACAUUUAAAGAUCUAGAGACUGGGAAGAAAACUGUCCCAGAGGUUUCUAUAGACAAAAGCAUCAACCUAAAGGGCACUGGACCCAUAGCUGGGGUUAUUGUGGGAGAUCAAGGAAAAAUGUCUUUGUCAGAAGCUAAGAAAAAAAGGCUUCUGCCUAAUGAUAGUGCAGAUUUGCUGCUAGAAGCUCAGGCAGCUACAGGUCACAUAAUUGACCCUAGGAACAAUCAGAAACUUACAGUGGAGGAAGCAUGCACAAAAGGGAUAGUGGAUAUUAGGGAUCAAGAUAAAUUAUUGGCUGCAGAGGCUGCUGCUGUAGGCUACAAGGAUCCAAGUACAGCCAAGCCUCUUUCAGUGUUUGAGGCCAUGAGGCGGGGACUAAUUGACAGAAAGACUGGGCUACGCGUGCUGCAGGCUCAGGAGUCUGUAGGAGGAAUUCUUGAUCCCAAUAUCAGCGUGUUCCUGCCUAAAGACACAGCUAUCAAGCACAGUCUUUUAGAUGAAAACCUCAGUGAAGCCCUAAAGCAGAAUCCUGCCUGUUACAUUGACCCUGAAACGGAGCGUGACAUCAGUUAUGGAGCUCUGAAAAAAAGAUGUACGAUGGAGCCACAUACAGGACUGCUCCUUUUGCCAAUCACUGGGAAACAAGACCCAUCCAAACUGACCUUUGAUGGUGUACGUAAGCCAGUGACAGCACAGGACUUGCUUGAUUGUGGUGUGUUGGACCGACCAACAUUUAAUCAACUAAUCAAAGGAGAGAAAACCAUUCCAGAGGUGUCAGUGGACAAAAAAGUCCCUCUCAAAGGGACAGGAUCAAUUGCUGGUGUGGCAGCUGGACCAUUGGGAAAGAUGUCUUUGUCCCAGGCCAAAAAAGAGAUGCUCAUACCUCCAGAUAGUGCAGAUUUGUUGCUGGAUGCCCAGGCUGCUACAGGCCACAUCAUUGACCCCAUAAAUAAUAAGAAGCUAACAGUAGAGGAAGCAUGUGCCAGUGGAGUAGUGGACAUUAGUGAUAAAGAAAGAUUGCUGGCAGCAGAGGCUGCUGCUGUUGGCUUUCGGGAUCCAAGUACAACUAAGCCACUUUCAGUGUCUGAGGCAGUGAAGAAGGGACUUAUUGACAGGAAGUCUGGUCUACGACUGCUGCAGGCCCAAGAGUCUGCAGGAGGAAUUCUAGAUCCUAACCUUAGUGUGUUCCUUCCCAAAGACACCGCUAUUAAGCGCAAACUACUGGAUGAUGAUAUAUGUCGGGCCUUGAAUCAGAGGCCUGAACUUUACCUGGACCCAGAAAGUGAGGAGGGUGUAACCUAUAUGUCAAUAAAGAACAAAUGUAAGGUAGAGCCACACACAGGGCUUCUGCUUCUUCCUGUCCCUGAGAAGGUAGAUCCCUCAAAACUUAUCUUUGAUGGCGUUCGCAAACCUGUCACAGCCAAGAAGCUGCUUGACUGUGGUGUCCUGGACAGGCCAACAUUUAAAGCUCUAGAGACUGGGAAGAAAACUGUUCCAGAGGUUUCCAUAGACAAAAGCAUCAACCUAAAGGGCACUGGACCCAUAGCUGGGGUUAUCGUGGGAGAUCAAGGAAAAAUGUCUUUGUCAGAAGCUAAGAAAAAAAUGCUUCUGCCUAAUAGUGCAGAUUUGCUGCUAGAAGCUCAGGCAGCUACAGGUCACAUAAUUGAUCCUGGGAACAAUCAGAAACUUACAGUGGAGGAAGCAUGCACAAAAGGGAUAGUGGAUAUUAGGGAUCAAGAUAAAUUAUUGGCUGCAGAGGCUGCUGCUGUAGGCUACAAGGAUCCAAGUACAGCCAAGCCUCUUUCAGUGUUUGAGGCCAUGAGGCGGGGACUAAUUGACAGAAAGACUGGGCUACGCGUGCUGCAGGCUCAGGAGUCUGUAGGAGGAAUUCUUGAUCCCAAUCUCAGUGUGUUCCUGCCUAAAGACACAGCGAUCAAGCACAGUCUUUUAGAUGAAAACCUCAGUGAAGCCCUAAACCAGAAACCUGCCUGUUACAUUGACCCUGAAACGGAGCGUGACAUCAGUUAUGGAGCUCUGAAAAAAAGAUGUACGAUGGAGCCACAUACAGGACUGCUCCUUUUACCAAUCACUGGGAAACAAGACCCAUCCAAACUGACCUUUGAUGGUGUACGUAAGCCAGUGACAGCACAGGACUUGCUUGAUUGUGGUGUGUUGGACCGACCAACAUUUAAUCAACUAAUCAAAGGAGAAAAAACCGUUCCAGAGGUGUCAGUGGACAAAAAGGUCCCUCUCAAAGGGACAGGAUCAAUUGCUGGUGUGGCAGCUGGACCAUUGGGGAAGAUGUCUUUGUCCCAGGCCAAAAAAGAGAUGCUCAUACCUCCAGAUAGUGCAGAUUUGUUGCUGGAUGCCCAGGCUGCUACAGGCCACAUCAUUGACCCCAUAAAUAAUAAGAAGCUAACAGUAGAGGAAGCAUGUGCCAGUGGAGUGGUGGACAUUAGUGAUAAAGAAAGAUUGCUGGCAGCAGAGGCUGCUGCUGUUGGUUACAAGGAUCCCAGUACAGCCAAGCCUCUUUCAGUGUUUGAGGCAAUGAAGAAGGGACUUAUCGAUAGAAAAGCUGGGCUGCGUUUGCUGCAGGCCCAGGAGUCGGUGGGAGGAAUUCUAGAUCCUAAUCUCAGUGUGUUCCUUCACAGACACACAGCUAUGAAACGCAACCUUUUGGAUGAAAACCUUGGUCAAGCACUUAAUCAAAGUCCUACGUGUUACCUUGAUCCGGACACAGGGCGUGAUGCCAGUUAUGGAACAUUAAAAGAAAGAUGCAAGACAGAACCAACAACAGGUCUGAUACUUUUACCAAUUACUGCAAAGCCAGACCCUUCCAAACUUAUCUUUGAUGGUCUUCGUAAGUCAGUAACAGCACAGCAGUUACUUGAUUGUGGGGUCUUGGACAAACCCACAUUUAACAAACUAUUAAAAGGAGAAAAAACUGUUGCAGAGGUGGCUGUUGAUAAAAAAGUAUUUCUAAAAGGAACCGGAUCAGUUGCUGGUGUUGCAGCUGGUCCAAUGGGAAAAAUGUCCUUCACAGAGGCAAAGAAAAAGAAAAUGAUGUCUUCUGACAGUGCUAACAUGCUACUGAGUGCACAGGCAGCCACAGGUCAUAUAAUUGACCCUAGAACAAAUCAGAAACUAACAGUAAAGGAAGCAUGUACUAGAGGAGUGGUGGAUAAGGAAGAUGAAUCAAUGUUAUAUGCAGCUGAGGCUGCUGCAAUAGGUUACAGGGACCCAAGUACUGCUAAGCUCCUGUCAGCUGGCCAGGCCAUGAAGAAGGGAUUAAUUGACAAAGACACCACACUACGUAUACUUCAGGCUCAAGAGUCUUUGGGGGGAAUUUUGGACCCUGUUUUAAGCAUUUUCCUACCUAAAGAAACUGCUGUGGCUCGGAAUCUCAUUGAUGAGGACCUACACCGGACUUUGAAUCAGUCUCCCGAGUGUUAUCUGGACCCAGACACUGACCAAGCAACAACCUAUGUUUCUCUGAAGAAAAAAUGUAGGGUUGAUCCUGGUACAGAUCUUUUGCUUCUUGCUGAACCAAAAGAGCCAUUGACUGUUCAAGGGCUCAGGUGUGAGGUGUCUGUCAUAGAUCUGGUAGAUGCCAACCUGCUGAAUAAGGCUGAAAUUGAUCAACUGAACCAGGGUAAACUAACAAGAAAAGACAUUGAAGAUCGCCUUCACUCUUAUCUUAAAGGAUCCACAUGCAUAGCAGGACUUUAUGAUGAGGCCAGUGAUAAAGUGAUGCCCUUUUAUCAGGCCAUGAAAGAUGGACUAUUACGACCUGGAACCACACUAGAGCUCCUUGAGGCCCAGGCUGCCUCCGGUUUCAUAGUUGACCCUGUCAACAGCCUUUAUUUGACUGUUAGUGAAGCCUACAAUAAAAGAUUAUUUGGGCCGGAGUUUAAAGACAGUCUGCUAUCAGCAGAGAGAGCUGUAACUGGUUACAAACUGCCUGGUACAGAAAAGAUUAUCUCUCUCUUCCAGGCCAUAGAGAGGGGUUUAGUGGAGAAAGGCCAUGGCAUCCGUCUUCUAGAGGCCCAGAUUGCCAGCGGGGGUAUAAUUGAUCAUGAACACAGCCAUCGUAUUGAAGUGGAUGUAGCCUACAAAAGAGGAUACUUUAAUGAAGAAAUGAACAAGAUCCUGACUGAUCCAAGUGAUGAUACUAAAGGCUUCUUUGACCCCAACACAGAGGAAAACCUAACGUAUCUGGAGCUUAAACAACGUUGUAUCACAGAUAAAAAGACUGGCCUCAUUCUUUUGCCUAUCCUGAGCAGCAAAAAACAAGAAUCAACUCUGAAAAAUACUAAGAGAAAGAGAAGGGUGGUUAUUGUGGACCCAGAGACAAAUAAAGAAAUGACAAUACGUGAAGCAUAUAACAAAGGGUAUAUUGACUAUAACACGUACCUGGAGCUGGCCCAACAGGAGUGCGAAUGGGAAGAGAUCACUAUUACUGCUCCAGAUGGUUCUACACGAUUUGUUAUCGUUGACAGGUCAACUGGAAAACAGUAUGACAUCACUGAACUACUGGAAAAAGGAGUAAUUGAUCAGUCAGUCCUGAAUCAGUACCGCUCAAGCACCAUCACCCUCACUCAGUUUGCAGAUAUCAUCACCAACAAGACUCAACAUGGAUCAUUAUCAUCAUCAACUACAAUGCCAUUAGGAGCUUCAGCUACAUCUUCAGUGACCUCAUCAUCAACAAGAACAUCAACGACAUCUUUAGGUACAUCUUUAGGUACAUCAAUAUCAUCAGCAGCAAAGUCAGUAGGCUCAGCAACAUCAACAGCAGCAACAACUUUUAGCAAGUCAGAGUUGUCAUCAUCAUCAACAUCCUCAAAGUCAGUAGGUUCAACAGCAGCAGCAGCGACAGCAACAUCAACAUUAGGUAGGUCAGAGGUGUCAUCAACAUCCUUAACAACUCAGGCGUCAUCAUUUAUGUCGAAACCCUUAUCACCCACUCUUGCCAAGAUAACCACAACAAGAACUACCACCAUCACAGAGGAAAAUGCUACAUUCAGCAGCCUUACCCAGGACUCACCUGACACGCUUAAACAUGUAUCUAGUGUGUCCUUCACUCUGACCUCGCCCGUUGAGGCAGUGGAUGAACAGGAACCUGUCGGUGCCAUCUUUGAUACAGAUAGCGUAGAGAAGAUAUCCAUCACAGAGGCCCGAAACCGUGAUCUGGUGGAUUCCAUCACUGCACAAAGACUGCUGGAGGCCCAAGCCUGCACUGGAGGAAUCGUGAAUCCCACAAAUGGCCGUAGAGUGAGCAUCCAGGAGGCAUCCAGGCUAGGUAUUAUAACUGAGGAUAUGGCCAACAAGCUUAAGCCUGCUCAAAAAGCUUUUUUUGGCUUUGAAGAUGUAAAAACUAAGAAGAAGAUGUCUGCUGCUCUGGCAAUGAAGGAGAUGUGGCUCCCAUAUGAGGCAGGACAAAGGUUUCUGGAAUUUCAGUUUGUAACAGGAGGGCUGUAUGACCCAGAAAUGGGCUGUAGAAGAACCAUAGAAGAUGCAUUGAAAAUGGGCUGGUUGGAUGGGAGAGCUGCCCAGAAGCUACAAGAUGUCAAACAGCACACAAAGAACCUGACCUGCCCCAAGAGCAAACUCAAGAUCUCUUAUAAGGAGGCUCUGGAUAAUUGCAUGCUGGAGGAAACCACAGGGGUGAAAAUGCUCCAGGCAUCAGCUAUGUCUUCCAAAGGAAUCAGCAGUCCAUACAAUGUCUCCUCUGCCCCAGGGUCCCACACAGGCUCCAGAAGUGGCUCACGACACGGCUCCCGAAGGGGAAGUCUGGACCUUGGCACCGUGUCCUCCUCAUCGCUUCUAACCACUCGUUACAGCCGCACCAGUUUUACCACCUUCUCCUCUGCGAGAUAAAUCAAGGAAAGAAAAAGGAGCCAUUACCUAUUUGCAAAUAAAUCUGAAAUAGUGAUGAAUUAUUUUGGGGGAAACUUUAAGAUGUCUGUCCUGUGUGAGAGGAAAAAGGUGUAAGGUUAAUAAGGUUUAAUUCUUAUUUUUUUUCACUCUUAUCUUUUGUGCUGUGCUUUUGAAAUACUAUAGUUAUUAUGGCCAAGAUAUUGUGUAAAUUAAUCAAAGAACUAAUAGCAGCCAUCCAAAGAAAUUGAAACUGAAGUGUUUGCCAUGGUUUUGGCUCCAAAGAAUUCUAGUAUCACUCCUUUUUAAGCCUUGCUUUGUUUACAUUAAAUUCACAUUAAAUAUCCAUUAUGACUUUUUGCAGAGAGGGAUUAGAGGUUGUUUAUUAGCAUAAAUCCUUUUAUACUUUGACUGAGUUGUUAAUCUUUGUUUUCUUGCUUUUUUGUGCUUUGGAUGUUUAUCUCAUCUCAUAAUAAAAACUAACCUUUU